GUCCCGCCUCGGUCUACGCGCUGCCGUAUCUCCUGUAACCCUGCGGUACACGUGCGUGCGCCAGGUGGUCGCUGCGGUAGCAUGGACGCUUUGGAUCGAGUUGUAAAGCCCAAAACAAAAAGAGCCAAGAGAUUCCUUGAGAAAAGAGAACCGAAACUCAGUGAAAAUAUUAAAAAUGCUAUGCUGAUUAAAGGGGGCAAUGCAAGUUCAACAGUGACACAAGUACUUAGAGAUGUGUAUGCACUGAAGAAACCAUAUGGAGUUCUGUAUAAAAAGAAAAAUAUUACAAGACCAUUUGAGGAUCAGACAUCAUUGGAAUUUUUUUCAAAGAAGUCAGAUUGUUCUUUAUUCAUGUUUGGCUCCCAUAAUAAGAAGCGGCCAAAUAAUCUAGUAAUAGGUCGUAUGUAUGACUACCAUGUGCUGGAUAUGAUUGAAGUAGGUAUCGAGAAGUUUGUCUCCCUUAAAGAUAUUAAGAAUAGUAAAUGUCCGGAGGGAACAAAACCCAUGUUAAUAUUCGCAGGUGAUGAUUUUGAUGUAACAGAAGACUACAGAAGGCUAAAAAACCUUCUUAUUGAUUUCUUCAGAGGCCCCACAGUAUCAAACGUCCGCCUGGCUGGUUUAGAGUAUGUUCUGCACUUCACUGCACUGAAUGGGAAGAUUUACUUUCGAAGCUAUAAGUUGCUGUUGAAGAAAUCUGGCUGCAGAACACCUCGGAUUGAAUUGGAAGAGAUGGGACCCUCAAUGGAUCUGGUUCUGAGGAGGACACACCUAGCAUCAGAUGACCUUUAUAAGUUAUCUAUGAAAAUGCCCAAAGCCCUCAAGCCAAAGAAGAAGAAAAAUGUCUCUCAUGAUACUUUUGGUACAACUUAUGGAAGAAUUCAUAUGCAGAAGCAAGACCUAAGCAAACUACAAACCAGGAAAAUGAAGGGGUUGAAGAAGCGACCUGCAGAAAGGAAAGCAGAAGACCAGGAGAAAAAAUCAAAGAGAAUUAAAAAGGAUUGAUGGAAUAUAGCCAAUAACUGCAUUUUUAUUGUAGUCUUUACUUAGAAUUAUCAGCAUCAGUUAUUUCAGAGUUUCUUGUAAGGUUUUAUUGUAUAUUUUUAUAACUUGAUAAUUUACCUAAAUUAUAUAUUAUAUACAUUGUGAACAGUAACAUACUAGUAUUAGGUUGAAAGUUAGGCUCUUACUGGAGACAUUACACCCUGGUAUGCCGUUUUCUCUCUGUGAUGUGACAUUUCCCUCUGCCUACCCCCUACAAAGUCUCCUAUCUCAUUGGAUGGGUGAGUGAGGAGGGAUCUCCAGAACAAUCAUUGGCAUUUUAGAGAAUUUUGGGUUAAGCUUUAGAUAAAGGGAGGAAGUUAUGGAAAGUAGAAAUGGUCCAAAGUAACUGUAUACGUGCUCACUAUGAGCUACCUGGAAAGUUGACCCCAUCUCCCAGCACAUACAUACAACCUGACUUUUAUUUUUUUACUUUCCUGUUGUUUUACCUGAAAUUCUACCAGUUAGAGAUUAAUUUUGAGAUUUUAAGCUCUGUGUCUUAAAACAGAUCUCUGAGAUGUCCACUACCUGAUCAUUGACAUACUACCUUACUAUUGAUUAUUUUAAGAGAUUCUGCUACUAAAUGGAGCCCUAUUCCUCUUCUUUGGGAGAAAGGAAGUUUUGAUAAGGGUUGAAGUGAGAAAGGAGAGAUUAGAUAAGUUAAGACACAGGACAUUUUAGGGUAUUGGGUAGCUGUAGGUAGCUAAAGGUCACAUGAAGGCCCUGGGUGUUUGCAUACAGAGUAGGAGUAAGCCAAAGCCAAACAACUUAUUUUGAAAUUUUCUUGAAGACUGGCCCUGUGCCUAGGAAAAUGGGGGAAAGCUUUCUGCUUCCUACUCCUAGUACUGCAAACUUGUUUUCCCUAAAUGUACAAUUUAGUUUCCUUGACUGAAUCCCUGGCAAAGAGGCUCCUUUAUACAAGCACAAGCCAAUUAUGCUGUAAAAGUACAAACAUACAUAAACCAUGAUGUGUUAUGUAAA